CUAGCGCAGUGACGUCAUCGUCCCCACGACCCGGAAGUUCUGCUGCUAUUUCUUGACACGUAGUUAGCGGCGUUGGCGGAGUCCUGGGCGAUUUACGGCUGCUUGCAAUGGCAGGGUUUGACAACUUCAACACAGACUUUUACCAGUCUAGUUACAGUGUAGAUGAUCAGAACCAAGGAGGAUAUGGCUACAGCAACGCAGAUGACCCGUACAGCAAACCAUAUGGACAGUAUGACUACUCGCAGCCGAUGGGCUACUCGGCACCUCCGGGAAUGAUGCAACCCCAGCAGCCGUACUCAGGGCAGAUCUUCCAGCCCACGCCAGCCUUUACGCCAGCCUCCACGCAGUCCAUGUACAGUAGCAGCUUUGAGGAUGAGCCCCCGUUGCUGGAGGAGCUGGGGAUCAACUUUGACCACAUCUGGCAGAAAACUCUGACUGUGCUGCACCCGCUGAAGGCAGCAGAUGGCAGUAUAAUGAAUGAAACAGACCUGGCUGGUCCCAUGGUGUUCUGUUUGGCCUUUGGGGCGACGCUACUCUUGACGGGUAAGAUCCAGUUUGGUUACGUGUACGGUAUCAGUGCCAUCGGGUGCCUCGGCAUGUACUGCCUGCUCAACCUCAUGAGCAUGACGGGGGUCUCGUUUGGCUGUGUGGCUAGUGUUCUCGGUUACUGCCUGCUGCCCAUGAUCAUCCUGUCCAGUUUCGGGGUCCUCUUUUCCUUGCAGGGCAUGUUGGGUAUCAUUUUAACAGCUGCCAUCAUUGGUUGGUGCAGUUUUUCGGCCUCUAAGAUCUUCAUCUCUGCUUUGGCCAUGGAUGGGCAGCAGCUGCUGGUGGCGUAUCCCUGCGCCCUGCUGUACGGAGUCUUUGCCCUCAUCUCUGUUUUUUGAACUCUCAGCCUCUUUUAAUGGACAAAAUGACCACCGAUACACAACACGCACUCACAUCCUUUUAUUUGAGGACUGCUUUUGUAACACCCACCACACCACACACCCUCUCGCUGAGUGUUUCCAGUGUUUAUCAUGUUCUGAGAGAAUGUGGCAUUAAUUUCUCCUGCAAUUUAUUUUUUUUACCUGCCCACCUACUCUGAGAAAUGUUUUUGCUUACAUAAUGCAAGUUAAAACUCGUUCUUGUUCUUUAAUACGUUCACCGCAUUCUAUUGUUCUUUCCAAAAAAGUUAUCUUUAGCAGAGCCAGAAAAUGAAGUGUGUUUAUUGAAGAGAAGAAUGUGUAAUCAAUGCAAAGAGUACACCUCUCCUCCUACACAACAUCUUUAAAGCUUUUGUGUUUCAAGCAAGCAUCUCGCUCCGGAACGUUCUUUGCCAAGUUCGCUAGUAAUUGUUCUUUCUUGGAACUGUUUUUCUGUACAUUCCUGAAUUGCUGUUGAUUUGUUCGGUCUGUGUUCAUUCAUACACUUGGGGUCAGUAAGAGUGCCUACAUGUUCACACAUUUUCACACUAUUUCCAUCAUGUUCUAGGCGAAUUAAAUGAAAUUGUACAAAAAUCACACUUUGUGCAUCUUUUGCAAGCUGGUUUAGAGGAGUAUUUUAGACUAAAUGAAAAAUGCUUUCAUUAUUUACUCGCUCUCAUUUGGUUCCAAACCUGUAUGACAUCUAAUUUUAAUGAAAAAGCAAUUAAAAGUUAUACAUACUGCAUAUAUCUUUGUGCUGCAUACAGGUUUGGAAUGACAUGAGAAUGAAUACCUGAUGACAAUCUUCAAAGUUUUUCAAAAACAUUUCAUCGUUAAGACUUCAAUGCAGACUGUUGCAAUUUUGUGAGUUGAUUUGUUUUUCAAAUGCAUUUCACCCUUCUAACAGAAUCUCGUGUCUGCAGAUCAGUCUUCUGUAUAGUGAACCCUGAUGGCUGAAUUUUGUUUCCAUUUCUGAUUUAUUAGGUUUCACACAUUUAUCUUUUGAAAUGCAUGAGGCAGAGCCAAGGUUAAGCUUUAUUUAAAAUAGUUCUAAAAACUCAGUCAAAUUUACAGAAUAAAUCUUUCUGACCCGUGGACUGUAUGUAGGGGCUUUUUGUUAAUUUAAGGAGCCAUGACUGUCCUCUCAGAUAGAUGGGCAUAUUUAUAUACAAUGUAACUGUUUUGUAUAUCCAGAAGAGUACAAAAGUUUAUAUCAAUGCUGUCUUGUGGAAAAUCUGUGACCAACUGGUAGGGUGUUACACUUGUGCCGUUUCACAGUUUUAAUUAAAUAAAAAUGCAACUUUUGUUUCAAAA